AUGGCGCGGCGUUGCUCAUCUCUGGAGUUUCUCCUCUCCGUUGUCUCCUCUCUUCUUCUGAUCUGCUGUGUCGCACUGAUCGUCGUCACAUGGAUGAGCCUGACACCUGAAGGUGCCGUUGAGCCUGCGGUGCUGAGCGGUCGGCUGGUGAUCACAGACGGAGCCGACUUCUCCGAGGAGCUGAGGAACUCCAGCAGCCUGCGAUUUAAAGCUCUGGCCUACGACGUCCAAGUGGUGGUGUCAGACUCAUUCAGACUCAGUGACCUCGGACGACUCUUCACUUCCUGUCAGGUUUUACACUUCAGUCGGGGCAGUGUGGCUGUGACCUUUGACCUGCGGUUCGAUCAACACAUUGACGCGACCGAGGUGAAGCAGCAGUUGGAGGCGGGACUUGCGGAGGUCGACAGCAGGGGAUUGGUGAUUGACAGGAAGAGCGUCCAAAUCACAGAGAAACAAGACGAGACGACGUCCACGACAACGUGCACCACGCCCAUCACACCGACAGCAACCUGUGGUCCUGAUCAGAGACCCUGCGCCGAUCGGUCAGUGUGUCUGCCGAUCGGUCGUUUCUGCGACGGCGGCGACGACUGUCCCGACGCCUCUGAUGAAGACGCCGCUCUCUGUGCAACGGCUUGUGACGGACAGUUUGUGCUGGGAGGAGCGAGUGGAUCGUUCAGCUCGUCGGGUGUUUCAGAGAUGUACGCCAACAACAGUCGCUGUCGCUGGAUCAUCAAGGUUCACUCUGGACUCUCAGUUCAAAUCACUUUCCAUCAGUUUGAAACUGAAGAAACAACUGACUCUGUGAAGAUUUAUGAAGGAGUGGGGAGAGAGAGAGAGCUGACAGCUGAGCUCUCAGGCUCCACCCCUCCUGGAACAGUGUGGGUGAUGACCAACGUAGCAACUGUGGAGUUUAUUUCUGACGAUUUCAACAAUCUUUCGGGUUUCAACGCCACGUACAACGCCGUCAACGCGUCCGACCUCUCCGAUGAGGAGAGACUCACCUGUACAUUUGAACACGGCUUCUGUUUCUGGAGUCAGCGUCACCACGACGACGGCGACUGGAUUCGAACCCGCGGUGCCACGUUUCCCCCGCUGACCGGGCCAAACGUUGACCACACGUUGGGCAACAGCUCAGGUUUCUACAUCGUCACAUCGCUGAGUCCUGGCCAAUGGCUGAAGAGCUUCAGGAUCCAGAGUCUUCCCCUGACUCCGCCCACACAGCUGAUGUGUCUGAGCUUCUGGUACCACAUGUUUGGUGAGGACGUCCAUCGUCUCCGCGUCCUGCUGGUCCAGCCGUCUCCGUCACUUCCUGUCGUCCUGUUCCAGAAAGACGGUAACUAUGGUGACAACUGGAACCACGGCCAGGUGACACUGAACGUGACGACACGGGCCACGGUCGAGUUUGAAGCCUUAAAAAAAGGCGGGAUGAGGAACGACAUUGCACUGGAUGACAUUGCCCUGACAAGUCUUCCGUGUGGCCCCGCCCCUCCGGAACCAACCAUUGUACCACCUCCCACGACCACACCCCCUGUGCCAGCUGACUGUGGAGGACCCUUCAACCUCUGGGAGCCGAACUCCACCUUCAGCUCGCCAAACUACCCGCACGCCUACGGGAACAAGGCCCAGUGUCUGUGGACUCUUCACGCCUCGCUGGGUCAAAACAUCCAGCUCCACUUCCUGAACUUUGAUGUCGAAGCCACCUUUGAUGUCGUUGAGGUGCGGGACGGGGCGGGGCUUAACUCCACCUUACUGGCCGUCCUCACUGGCAGCCGUGGCCCCUCCCAUGACUUGUUCUCAACAGCCAAUCAGAUGACGGUGUGGUUUUUCACGGACAGCUCGGGUCACGGUCGAGGAUUCAGGGCAAACUUCACCUCCGGGGUUGACCUGGGGUCACCAGCUCCAUGUGCAGUCAAUCAGUUCCAGUGUCGAACAGGAAGUUGUAUCCAUGGUAACGGUCAGUGUGACGCUGUGAUCGACUGUCCAGACGCUUCGGAUGAAGCCGACUGUGUUGUGUUACAGGUGAAUGGCUCCAAUCGUCUCCAGUUUCAGCUCGGCACGACUCUGUUGGCAGUGUGUGCGGACAACUGGACUUCUCACCUGUCUGACUUCACCUGUCGGUACCUGGGACACAGGUCUGGUGAGGCCUCAUUACUGCCCUCUUUGCCACAGGAUUCAGCAUUUACAAUCAUCACAAUUUCCAGAAAUGGGACCCUGGAGGCCACAGUCAGUGAAACAUGCUCCAGUCAUAAAGUGAUUUCUCUGAGCUGUAACAACAAACCUUGUGGAGUUCGUCCAGUCACCAACGACACUAGGGAGACCGACCAAUCAGAGGACAGGAGACAACCUGGUCGGGUCGUGGGCGGGACAAAUGCAGUGAAAGGGGCGUGGCCGUGGAUUGCAUCUCUACAGUGGCAAGACCGUCACGUGUGUGGAGCCUCCCUGAUUAGCCGUGAUUGGCUGCUGACAGCUGCUCACUGUGUCUAUGGGAAGAACGUCCACCUCCAGUACUGGACGGCGGCGCUCGGGCUUCACGCUCAGAGUCACAUGAACUCUGACGACGUUCAGCUGCGACACAUCGAUCGCAUCGUCAUCAACAGACUCUACAACCGACGCAGCAAAGAGGGCGACGUCGCCAUGAUGCAUCUGCAGCAGCCAAUCAACUUCACCCGGUGGAUCCAGCCGCUCUGUUUCCCUCCUGACGGUGAUGACGUCUCUGCAGGGAAACAAUGUUACAUCGCUGGGUGGGGACGAGACUCUGAGGGUUCCCUCCCUGAUGUUCUUCAGGAGGCCCAGGUUCCUCUGGUGGCUCCGGAGCAGUGUCAGCGUCAGUUACCUGAGUACAACAUCACCUCGAGCAUGGUGUGUGCUGGACACCCUGAGGGCGGGGCUGACUCCUGUCAGGGCGACUCUGGUGGUCCAUUGAUUUGUCUGGAAGAUGGAAGCUGGACUCUGAUUGGUGUGACCUCAUUUGGGAUUGGCUGUGGUCUACCUCAGAGACCUGGAGUCUACGCCCGAGUCUCCGCCUUCACUUCCUGGAUCGCUCAGACCACACGAUCUUUGUCCUUGAGUCAGCCCUAG